AUGGAGGCCUCGGGCGGGCACGGGGGUGAAGAGAGCCAGCCGCCGGAGGAGGUGAUGGAUGCACCCUGCUUGGAGAAGAGCUCCAGCACCAUCGCUGCUGGAGACUCACUUGUGAACCAGGCGAAGGGCCUGGACCAGUGUACCUUCAGAAUUUGUAAAGAAUGUCUGAGGCCAUUAAAGAAGUGUCUGCGAAAGUUGUACCUGCCCCAGGACCUUCCCCAGAAGAAGAAGCUGAAGUACAUGAAGCAGAGCCUGGUGGUCCUAGGCGAUCACAUCAACACCUUCCUGAAGCAUUACUGCCGAGCCUGGGAAAUGAAGCACUGGAAGAAGAUGCUCUGGCGAUUCGUCUCCCUCUUCUCGGAGUUGGAGGCAAAGCAGCUUCUCAGGCUCUACAAGUACACCAAGAACAACCAGAACACCAAGUUUCUGGCGGCGUUCUGCCCCUUGGAUGCUCCGGAGAGCUCCUUGCUGGCUGACCAGGAAGACAGUCUGCCCAAGCUCUGCAGCGCCUGGGGGCUGCACAGCGACAUCAGCGGCAUGAAGGAGAGGCUGUCCAAGAUGCAGGCCCCCAGCAGCGAGGCCUCCCUGCUGGCGGAGCCAGGAUCCGGGGCCCAUGUCAGGAGAGGUUCUUUAAGGAAACUUUCUCCAACACCAAAACUCAAGAGAAAGAGGGUUAAGGAAGCCCCAGAAACCCCAGAGACCUGCCCAUAA